UUUAUGCAUAUUAUAUAACGUGUGGCUAUAUAAAUAUAUGUACAACUCUAUGUAUAUAUGUUUAUGGCCAGGCAUCCAAUGUAGUGACAAGGAUUGACAAGAUCUAAUAUUGCAUAUGAGAAAUAUUGCACAUAGAAACUACCAUGGUGUAUAGUACACUGCAGGUAAGGAAGGAAAGUAGCCUUGCAGGGAAGGAAAGAAUGGCCAAGUCAGGCCAAACCUCUGUGUUACAACUUUCAGAAAUGCCUGCCGUAUCUAUACAAAAUAUCCCACACAUUGACUGACCUGCAAAUAUAAAAGACACACAUUCACACCUUCCUUGACUCUCAGCACAGAUCUUCCAUUGUUCCAUCGUCACUGUGUAUGUGAGGGAGUGGCAUUGCUUGCCUACAGCACAGUGCUGUGCAUAAAAGCAGACCGACCCAGGCCGGAGAAUCAUUUCUUGUUCGCAUUUCUGAGAACGCACAUCAGGAUGGCCUCCGUAUCACUGCCACGCAGGAAGAACCUCUCCACGCAACAGGCUUUGGCCUUACUUCGGGAAAUGGACGAAGCAGAUUCUGAUGGAGGAGAGGUUUCAUUUGUCCAGCAGGCCACUGAUACCUCCUCAGAAGAAUCUGAAAAUGAGACGGAACAAGAACCCAACAUGCCUCCACGGAAGAGGCCCCGUGGUACUGCGAAGCCCAGCCAGAACCACACGGCAAAAGACGGCACUGUGUGGGUUGAGGAGGACAUUGGAAUGCCCAGUGCAGAAGCAAAUCGUUCGUGCUUCACUGCGCAAGCUGGACCCACAGAGUCUGCUAAGCGUAAAGUUACAAGUGUGCUCCAAAGCUUCCUUUGCCUGUUAGACGUGGGAAUGCUGCAGACCAUCAGAGAGUGCACGGUACAUCAAGCCCGCAGAACAGAGCCGGACUGGAAUUUGGCAGUUCAUGAACUUAUGGCAUCCAUUUCAAUCCUGUUUGUAAGAGCAAUCAUGUGUCCUGUUGGUGCCAUUGUGGAUUGCUGGUCAGAAAGUUUUCUGGUGCCACUAAUCAAAGAGACAAUGCCCCGAGAUAGAUUCAUUUCAAUUAUGCAACUCCUUCGAUUUGAUGACAGGGACAAGCGGGCAGAACGGGUGAAAACAGACAAAUUUGCAGCGAUCUCCGACAUCUGGACACGCUUCAACGAGAACUGUGCUAAGAGUUUCACUCCAGGGGAACACAUGACCAUAGAUGAACAGCUGUUCCCUACCAAGGUUCGUUGUCCAUUCACCCAGUAUAUUGCAACCAAGCCAGACAAAUUUGGGAUCAAGUUCUGGAUGGCCACGGAUUUGGACACCAAAUAUGUCUGCAGUGCAUCUCCUUACUUGGGAAAGGACCCCAGUCGUCAGAAGGGAGAGAGGCUGGCAGAGAACGUGGUCAUGAAACUGAUGGAGCCGUUUUUGGAUGAUGGAAGAAAUGUCACAACGGACAAUUUCUUUACUUCACUGUCACUGUCGCACAGGCUGCUGCAGCGCAAAACAACAUUACUGGGCACGGUGAAUAAAGUCUGGCGUGAACUUCCUCAACUUGCAAAAGAUACUGCAAAGCGAGAGGUAUUCUCCACUUCAGUGCUUAGAAGUGGCAGUGUGUCCUUGACAAUUUAUGCACCUAAAAAAAACAAGACUGUGUGUGUUCUAAGUUCCAUGCACCAAGAUGUGACGAUCGGUGACGGCAGAAAGAGGAAACCCAACACGAUCACAGACUACAACCACAUGAAGGUAUGUGAAUGUGUGUACAAUUUUACACCAGUGCUAAAAUGUUUUCUGAUGUGUGCUAUACAGGCCUAUAGAAAAAAAACAUAUACUCAUGACUCUCUCUCUCUGCUUUUACAGUGUGGUGUAGACGUGUUGGACCAAAUGGCACAGAUGUAUUCUGUAAGAUCAGCAACACGCAGGUGGCCAGUAGCGGUUUUCUACAAUAUGCUGGACCUGGCGGCAGUGAAUGCCUACAUUUUGUACAAGGCAUGUACAGGGUGGACAGGCAAAAGAAGAUUGUUUCUGCGUCUUCUAGCUCAGCAACUUCGUAGCCGAUUCAUGCAGCACAAGGAAAUCUUAGCACAGAGGCAGGCUGCUGCAGCUGCUGUGCCAGGGACUGUAAAGACAACGCAGUGCCAGGUGCAAGAGAGCUGCAACGGGAAUCGCAGCAGAUUUACCUGUGCAACAUGUCAGAAAUUCACCUGUGCCAAAUGCAGGGAUGAUGGACACUGGGUCUGCAAACGCUGUAAAGUUUGAAACACUUUGAAAUAAAACAGACUUCUGUACCCAUAUAUUGUGAAUGUCUGUCUUUUGUAUGUAGGUUGUAACACAGAGGUUUGGCCUGCUUUGGAUCUGAGUAAACAAAUGCCAAUGUUGCACACACACACACGCACACACACACACACACACACACACACAGCAAAUCUGCAUUUAUUUGUCCCACAAGUGGAAAAUCUGCAUUGUCAUUGCAAAAAAGUGGACAGAGCACGGUAUAGAAAGUGCACUAUACAAACAUUUUAUAUAUAUAUAUAUAUAUAUAUAUAUAUAUAUAU